CUCUCUCUCCGCCCUUUGCUCAGUGCCUCUUGCAGCCCUUGCUGCGGGAAGACUCUUUUCUUACCUUUUCGGGGAGUGAAGUGCGCCAGGCAGACGAGCCCGGCUGGCGCAGGGGAGAGAUCGGAGACGGGAGAGACGUGGGGAAGCAAAAGUGGACUUGAUCUGAAAGAAAAAGAAAGAAAGAAAGAAAGAGAGUCUCCUCUUUCUCCAGCGUGGCCCUGCCGUCCCGCCGCAUCACAGGAUAAAAUGAACAAGAUGAAAAACUUCAAGCGGCGGUUUUCCCUCUCCGUUCCCCGGACGGAGACCAUCGAGGAGUCGCUGGCCGAGUUCACGGAGCAGUUCAACCAGCUCAACAACAGGAAGAAUGAAGACCUGGCACAAGGGCACCUGCAGCUGGGCCACCUGGGCAGGGGUUUCCGGGCAGAGCCAACCUCCAUUUCCCCCUCGGAGGUGGAACGCCAGUCCCCGACAACUGUGCGCUACCGAAGGAACAACCAGCGCCGCUUCUCCAUGGAGGAUGUCAGCAAGCGGCUCUCCCUGCCUGUGGACAUCCGUCUGCCCCCGGAGUUCCUGCAGAAGCUGCAGAUGGACAAUCCAGAGUUCCCCAAGACCUUCAGCAGGAUGUCUCGACGGGCUUCCCUCUCGGACAUCGGAUUUGGGAAGCUGGAAACCUAUGUUAAAUUGGAAAAACUGGGGGAGGGCACCUACGCCACUGUCUUCAAGGGGCGCAGCAAGCUAACUGGGAACCUGGUCGCUCUGAAGGAGAUCCGUCUGGAGCAUGAAGAAGGGGCACCCUGCACAGCUAUAAGGGAGGUUUCCCUGCUGAAGAACCUGAAACAUGCAAACAUUGUGACCCUCCAUGAUUUCAUCCACACUGAGCGCUCCCUCACCCUUGUCUUUGAGUACCUGGAAAAUGACCUAAAGCAAUAUCUGGAUAACUGCGGGAACCUGAUGAAUGUGCACAACGUGAAGAUCUUCCUGUUCCAGCUGCUCCGCGGCCUGUCCUACUGCCACAAGAGCAAGAUCCUGCAUCGAGACCUCAAACCGCAGAACCUGCUCAUCAACGAAAGGGGGGAGCUAAAGCUGGCUGACUUCGGUCUAGCCAGAGCCAAAUCAAUCCCUACGAAAACAUAUUCCAACGAGGUGGUCACGCUGUGGUAUCGGCCCCCAGAUGUCCUGCUGGGAUCUACUGAGUACUCCACGCCCAUCGAUAUGUGGGGUGUGGGCUGCAUACACUAUGAAAUGGUCACUGGACGGCCCAUGUUCCCAGGCUCGACUGUGAAAGAAGAGCUCCAUUUAAUCUUCAGGCUUCUUGGCUCCCCUACAGAAGACUCCUGGCCCGGAAUCACAUCCAACGAGGAGUUUAAGGGUUAUCAUUUCACCCAGUACCAAGCCCAGCCCUUGAUAAAUCAUGCACCCAGGCUGGACACAGAAGGGAUCGACUUGCUGACGAGCCUCCUCCUGUAUGAAGCCAAAUGCCGGAUCUCCGCCGAAGAGGCCCUGCGACACCCUUACUUCAAGGCGCUGGGGGACCGAGUCCAGCUCCUCCCUGACAAUGCCUCCAUCUUCUCUCUGAAGGAAAUACAGCUUCAAAAGGACCCUGGCUACCGAGGUUCAGCCUUUCAGCAGUCAGCCCGAGGGAAAAGCAGGAGGCAGAGUAUAUUUUAAACCUGGCUCUUGUUCCCUUUGUCACCAUGGAGAUCAAAGCACUGAGAAAGGAGAGGACUACAUGCUCCCACAGGACCCAUCCACAGAAUUACUGACUCUAACAGGAAGAUACUGGAAUGCCCCUCUACCGUGGGCUGCCCUCUGUCUGUCCCCCAGAAUCCCACUACUGACACCAAUCAGCCCACCAGUAGUUCUUGUCAAAGGAGCUCUGCCCCCAGUUGCUCAUUUUUCAUGUGACACCACCAAGAGUAAGCUACUGCGUUCCAUACCCGGGUAAGGUACUUUAUCUAGUGACUAGCUACCCUGGGAGUAGCCCUGAGCUCAGGAGAAUUGUGUGCUGGCCUCGUUACAAUCCUGGUUCCUGCAGUACAGGGAGGUAAGAUGGAGUGCAGGCAGAGGGCAGAAUCUCCAAGGAUUGGCAGACAGCUGGGUUGUGGCAUGUAGUGAUCAUAUUGCGGAAGACGUUUCUGUGAGUGCACGGCAUGCCUGUGCUUGGGCAUCCUGCUAUAUCCACCCUUGGGGAAGUCUGAGCUGGCAAGACGUAUUGCACUGAAUGAAGGAUAUGCUAUCACAAACAGGGGACGCCCUACGGUGAGCCUCAUCCAGGGCUUUCUGACAUCAGACAUUUAGUUGGGACUGAAACAUUUAACAAGGGAGAGCUCUCCUUCAGCCCCUUCCCCCAUGGUUAUCCACCAGGGAUCCCUCUUCCCCUACCCAUAAUUUGAGCCUCAUGCACAGUUGCUGGGAUUGCCUGAACGGCAGCCCCAAGAGGUCCAGAGGAAAGAGGCUGUUAAGGGGAAAAUGCAGAUUAGUCGGAUUCCUCUGAUCCCUCGGUUUCCCCAACAACCCCCCGGACACCUGGCUGCUGUCUAAAGACAUCCCUAGAGCAAGAGCACACAGUGCUGUGGCACGGCUGGUAUUCAGGAUGCAGACUCUGUCAUUAAAUCCAUGAAAAAUGGGUGCAGUGUUCCCCCGGGACGGCUCUCACGCCAUGUUUCGCGGCAGUCCCGAUCCCCUCUGAUUUAGCUUUUCUGAGAAACCGGUGAAGUCCCUUUUCCCACAUCAAGAUCCUGCUGUGUUUCUAAUCCACUAGGAAAAGGACCCAUUUCCCAGCGAGCGGCUCAGGAAUUGCAACAAAUGGUCCAGCCACUUGGGCCCAUCUUUGAGCUCAUGGCAAAACAUGAAAGAGCACAAGUAGUUUCACUGAUUGGUGCGAAUGAGCUGUGCAUGCACAAAGCUGCGUCAUUCCACCUUUGUGGUGGGCGUGCAAAGGUGCCAACCCUACCUCUGUGAGGCUGUGGGAUCAUGAACUGACUCAAACAUAACACAGGCUAUUAAGCAGAAAACAGACCCACCUUUCACUAUCUAUCCGAUCCCCUAGGACGAACAUAUUGUGUUGGCCCCGUCUGUUACACACAUUCCGCACUCAAGGGGACUCAAGUGCUUGCUUAAAUCGGAACAGGUGCUUAAGUGCUUUGUGUCUUUUCCUCCCCCUCUAUCUCCAGGCCAUGCCAAAUCCAUUUUUUUUUUUAAGUUUUCAUCCCCCGUCCAGGUACCUCAUCCUGUUUGAUACCCAUCAUGGCCCAGCUAGCACCAGGAAAAGAUGGGGAAUUGCUCUGGAGAGCAUGCAUCAUGGGCUGGUAGACUGACUGAGGGGCUGGUAGGCAGGAAGUCCUGAGUUCUAAUCCAGACUCCCCUACUCACACACUGAGUAGCCUUGGGCAGGUGAUGGCACUGCUCUGUACCUCUAUUUCCCCAUCUGUCAAAUGGGGAUAAUAAUCAUUAGCUGCCUCACUGGGAGGCAAAGCAUAAGUUAGAAAUGGGCUUGGAUCGGAGCUUUGCCAAAGCUUGAGGAGGGUUGGAGCCAAGGUUCCAAUGCAGGUCAGACUCUAAAUGCUAAGCAUGAUCAUCCCCAGAAGAUUCCCAGCCCAAUGGAUACACCAAAGCAGUUUGGACCAAGUUAGGCUCAUCCCAGAUAAGCAUCCAGACCUCUGUAUUGUUUGAGAUUUGCCCGUCCCUGGUAGGUUUCUUUCGGUGUGUGUCCAGUAUACAGCAAGUGGGGGGAAACACUUUGUUUCUAUCCAUUAGCUCAUUCAGCACUUCACUCUGCAGCACAUGAGUGAUGCGGCCAGCCUUUCCGCAUGCACUUAGACAGUGUUCUCUGUGCCAGCUGCAGCGGGUUUUCUUUUGAAGUGUAAGAGGGAGGUUUACAAAUAUGUGGCUGGCAUUAGGUAGAAUAAGUUCUGACACUUGUUCCCCUUUAGCUAUCCUUUAACAAAGCUUUUUGCACGAGAGUUUCCGAGGGAGAGCAGGAAUCUGGGCUUACUCUUUCCACUGCAGACACCUCUAUUCAUGGGUGAGUAACUCAAUUGACUGUCUACCCCAUCGAUGACACUUCUCCUGUAGGCUCUGGUUCAGCAAGGGACUUAAAUAUAUGCUCAGUUCUAACCACCUGAGUAAUCCCAUUGAUGCUAUUGUGCCUACUCACAUGUCACAAAUUAGGCACUUGUUUAAGGAGCUGUGCUGAAUUGGGGGCCAUAAAGUCCCAGCCUAGGGGUGAAUAUGGACCUAAUCCAUCAGCCCACUUGUGAGUUAUAGGGCCAAGUCCAUCACUAGCCUGGGGACAAUGCUCCCCUCUGAGGCUCCAUCACUGGAAUUUAGAGCACUCGUACCCAGUGCCAAUGUCAUUGCCAAAGUCUCUUGCUUAUUCUCCUACAUACCUUGUGUGUGUUCUUCCUGCUCUCAUCAGCCCCAGGCUCUGAGGACUCAUCUAAUCAUGUAAGCUGUGAUGAGUUAUGUUGUAACAUCUGCGGCCACCUCUGAAUCACAGUUGCUACAACGCCGUGCUUGGGGUCUGUUUGGAAUUUCCUAGCCACAGCAAGGAUAGAACUCAGCGCUUCCUGCUCCAAAGUCACAGACUCCUGCCCUCUGAGCUAAAGGGGGAUCCCCAUUGAGCUUUCUGAGGAUAGAGCCUAUGAAGCCCAGAUAGGCAGGUCUUGUUCCAUCCUGUAGAGGGCAGUGGAGCUAUGCAGGCACUGUAAGUUCUUGAUGUCCAACACAGUGAGGAUAAUGAGGUUCUGGGGCAGCUAAUGAUUUGUUACACUGUUAACAAGGGCAAUGGUUUCAUUGACUUUUGGGCAGAAGAGGAAACAGUCGUCUACUGGUGCUUGCAGUCUGUUUUCCGGGGGUGCCGAGCACCCGCCGCGCCCACUGAAAUUAACUUUUGUCGGAAGUGCUCAGUGCCUCUGAAAAUCAGGCCCUGUCUGACUCAGCUUAAAUCCUUCCCAGCCUAGGGACUAGACCUUCAGAUAAAGUACAGACCAGGCUUACAGGGGAGCAAGGGCCGGUGGCUUGGUAGGGUCAAUAGAAUCAAAGAAAUUCAAGGUGGGAAAAGAUGUUAUUAAGUCUGCUCAUCCAUCCCCCUUGGUCUUUUGGCUCUAACAACACAGGCUUCUACCACUGGUGCUAAAGGAGAGCUCCCGUACCUGACAUCAGUAGCAGGCCCUUUGGUCUCCGGAGAGCUCCACCAGUCUCAUGGACAAACACAGCAGCAUAGUGCGUACCCUGCCUCCCACCCCAGUGCCUAUGGGGCUGAUUUUCAAAGGUGUUGCUGAACCUCUGCAGCGCCUGUUGGCUUCAGCUGAACCAGUGGGUGCUCAGCACCUCUGCCCUUUCCCCAUCGCUCUCCACUCGAGAGAGGCCCACCCUGGAAAUACCAGGGAGAGAACAAGGGAGGCAAUGUCAUUGACUGGCGUGGAGUCAUCUGGGGCUGCAAACUGGGACAGAAGGUUAUAGAAUGACCGUGACCGUGCAGCCAGGACUGUUUUCUCCAGGUUCAGCACGUGAAGGAGAAAGUUAUCUCCAAGCCUGUAACCUGGACGCUCUUUACUCCUGCGUAGCUCUGUCCGUUUCCCCACAGACCCUUCCUGAAGGAGAUCUCUCUGGUGGGACGCUGUUAUUUAUUAGCCUAGCGAGCUGCUAUCAGUGUGAGUCUAAGAUAACACCUUUUGUUCCAAGGCAUUUCGGUGGGUGUUUAUUCCUAUUCAGGAGAGUGAUAGCACAUGUAAAUAUUUGGCACCCCUCUGAGCAGGGGUUGAUUUAUAAUCCCCCAGCACUUGCUCCCUGGCAGGCCUUGGCAGGCCGAGUCCUAGUUGUGUGAUCUCUGGGUUCCUGCACAUGCUCUGCCUGUAAAUGCCUUCCAGACACCUACAUCUGAGCAAAAGCUUUUAGUCCAGUGGCAUGAGGACACUGGUCAGAUCCUGAGCAAAUGUAAAUUGCCCUGGCCCCGCUGAAGCUCGUGGUGAUAGGGCCAGGUAUACAAUAGUAUUUAGGUGUCCAAAGAGGCAGAUAGGCUCCGACUGGGGUUUACAAAAGCUCCUAAGCAGGUUAGGUGCCAAACUCCCAUUGAAAGCCAGUAGGCGAUAGGUAUCCAACUCACUUGUAAAUCCAACUAGGCACCUAUCUGCACGCUUCGGUGCCUCAAUGUGUUUAUAAAUCUGGCCCCUACACAGAUUUGCAUCUGCUGAGCAUCCGGCUCUGUCUCCUUUGGCAAAUUAAUCCAGUUCGGUUCCACUGUGCAUGUAGAACGUUGCGUUCAUUGGAAUGUGUUCAAGGCUGAAGCAUUGGUUGUAUUUUGUUUCCUAGGGUUUCACCGGGCAUUAUUUGCUAAUUGCAUGGUGCCACUGAGCUGUUUGCAACAGGGAGAUGGCCAAUGCAAUUGAUAAUUUCAUAGAUGUAAGAACUAGAAUAGAGAUUUAGCCAGGAACCGCUGACCUACCUCGUCUGUGUGACAAGAAGCAUGCAUUGUACUGUAAUAUGGUAUUACCAUCAGCUGGCACACUUCAAGGCUGUGAUCGACCCAACUGGCUACUCUGGUUGGAGUAUCAGCAACAUUAUGGGAGUGCAUUAACCCAGUUGUUCUUGCUGCACAUCAAGUUCUUUGGGCCUGGUACUCUUCUCACUUAGCAAGGUGUAUAUCAGCCGACUACACUGAAGUCAGUGGAAUUACCUCAGUAUAAAACGGUUGUGAGUCGGUGGAGAAUCAAACCCUGUGUUACUAAUCCAGUAUUAGGUUUGUGAGCACAAGGAGUUCCUUGUUGGAAACUGAGUUUCGUUUAGCUCUGUCCCAGUCUAACAGCCAGUUCAGGCAAGGCUUGGAGACAGUCUUAACCAAAACCUGCUCUAUCCCCAGUGAUAUGUGAAUCUUUUCCCCUCUCAUUGCCAGCAAGUAGAAUGAAAAGGACCUAAGAACGACUAUACUGGGUCAGGCCACUGGUCCAUCUAACCCAGUAGCCUGUCUCUGGCACUGGCCAGAGCCAGAUGCUUCAGAGGGAAUGAACAGAACAUGGCCAUUUUGAGUGAUCCAUCCCCUGUCGUCCAAUCCUGGCUUCUGGCAAUUGGAGGUUUAGGGACACCCAGAACAUGAGGUUGCAUCCCUGGCCAUCUUAGCUAAUAAUAGGACCCCCACACACACACUUAAAAUUUUUUUAUAAAACCUAAUAAAAAAUGGCUAUGACUUUUAUUAACUCAAUACAUUUAAAUCGGUGGAUUUAAACAUUCUCCGGAACAGCAGCACUGAGACCAGGAAGUGAAACUGAUCAGUCUACUAUCUCCUGGUGACGCACGUAUGUGGAAUACUGGGUUAAAAGUAGAGCUGGUUGAAAAAUGGGAAAUGUCUGGGGGUUUUUAAUGUUCACAUUUUUGAAUGUUUUUUGACCAGCCUUUAGUGUGGUUGAAACUUUUCCAACAAUUGGAAUUUCAAGGAAAUUUUUCAGCAAUUUUUUUUUUAAUGUCUUGGGUUUUUUUGUAGACUUUUUUUAAUUUCUUGACCAGCUCUAGAAAAAAGUGAGUUGGAUUUUUCUUUCAGAUCUAGGCACUACUCCUUUAAAACUCUGUAUUCUUCCAUCACUACAGCUGAUAUCUAGCUCCAGUAAUGCCGAUAACGCUAGUGUCAAUAACAAUGUCUACGUUACAGUGCAAAAAUAAAACUUUGGAGACAUAGUCGUUUUAUUUCCCACUCCCCAUACACAUGCAACUUUCCUGGCUUGACACAUUUGCAGAUUUUUGUUGCAAUUUUAAAUAGCAAAACUGCAGUGUGUCGGUUCUCAUGGUAACGAGAAAAGCAUUUUUCUCCCCCUCCUUUAAUGUGGAAAUUUAGAGGAGCCAUUUUCCCCUAGCUUCCGAGCUGUGUGUGUUUUCUUAUGACUUGGCGUCGCUCAGAAAUGAGGUCACUGUUAGAACAUGAUCUUGAGGCGCUGAUUUAACUAACAUGAUGUUUAACAUGACUUUGCGGUCCGUGUCAGCUUGUAGGGGAAAAUGGUGCUUAACAUCAGACCAGCUGGUUGGGGUUAAACCAAGGGGUCCAGCUGGCACCAUAUUAACACACACAGAUUUCUGUCUGCACUGACUGCAAAGGUGUGUUUAACACCACUUUAGUUAACAUGACUCCUCAAGGUCAUGUUCUAACUGCCUCAUUUUUGAAUGAGGACAAGGCCUGAGUGGCGAUGCAAGCACCUUGAGUCACUAAGGCUCGGGGUAAAAGCAAACAGGUGGAGAAACAGCGGGAAGGUGGAAAUGGCUUAGCCCUACAGAUUGAGGUACAUUAGCAUCUCAGUGGGCUCUGUGCCUUAAUAUCUACGUGUGGAGUGGAGACCAGACCCCCAUGGGUUUGAUUCUGCUCUCGCUUACGUGGAUAUUACACUGGUGUAACUGAAAGCAGAAAUAGAUCCCAUUAUCUUAAUUAGGACAGUGUCACUGUGAUCUCUGAUAGGAAGAUUCCAUGUCAGGUGCAGCAGCAGAUUUUUCAUACCUGCCAACCUCACUCAUUGGAGUGAUCCCUACUCCAGGAGAGCAUCCCCAACGGAGUCCUAGAACCAGGCCGUAACCAAAUGCUGCAGCAUCAUUUGUAUCAGUUCAACCAACCUGCUCCUAGUGACCUCUCUCAGUACAUAGGACCUGAUCCACUGCUCACGGAUGUCUGUGGAAAGCCUCCCAUUGACUUCAGUAGGCGUGCUGCACUUGCCUCUGACAUCUUAAUCCCAAGGGGCCUGCACAGCCCCCAGGGAGGUGAAGUCCACAGAGAACUGAAACCAUCGCACCCCACACUACCACCAUUUCCUAGCCCUAGUUGGCCAGAGUCUGCUCAGUUUCACCUGUGCAAAUCUGGCAUCCCGCUGCUAAAGUCUGGAUUUACACUAACUCAGAGCAAAAUAUUGGCCCAUAUAUGUGCAGUCCGGUCUUUGUGAGAAUUGGGGUUGAAACUAACAAGGCCUCUCGCGCCAAGAGCCACGGAUCUUUGCCUGAAAAUGUUGCUGCAGCUGUGCUGUAUCUGUUCUGUUUCUGUACUCUUGAGUCUAGUUGUUGAAUGCACCUUGCUGUCCCUUCAGAAUUCCUUGCUAGUGAUGUCCCGUGUUAACAGGGGCAACUAGUGAGAAGCCCGCUUUCUGGUUUAUUCAUCACCUGCAUCUUGCUUUUCCUGGAAGAGGAAAUACACACACACACACACGUGCACAAGCCACCAGGAUACCCAUACUGUGAAUGUUCUCUGGUGUGAUUCAUUUGCAAAUACAAAUAAUAUAUUUAACUAUUAUUGUAAAAACAGAAGAUGAAUUUUAAAAGAAAUAAUUUUAAAGGGUUUAUUCCAAAAGAUGCAAUGAUUUUUUUUGUAUGGAAAGUUUUUCUGGAAUUAAUCGAAAGGUACAAAAAUAAAUAAAAGAUGGU